AUAGCGCCCUCGCGUGGAGGUGUGCAGCACAGCCACUACUGGUGGAGUAAAAACAAGCUAAUAGAGGAGGACAAGGAAGGAACUGAGUGGAUCAUCAACCACAGGACAAUCUGACAUCGGGUGUUUUAUGUGUAAUGAAACCAAACUGUAGAAGUAUAAAUGUCAGCUGCUCCUUCCUGAGCCUCAUCUUCAGCAACCCCACUAGGACCAGGACGAGGACCUGUACCUGUAGGUGUGAAGGCUUACUGACAGCUGCAGUGGAGGGGGUCAGGAUCAACUCAGGAACAUGGCGUCACCUUUCGUGCCUGUCCCGGUUCCCAUGGACAGAACCUCAUCAGCUGGAGGCAGCAAGCCGAGGCGGCCACCGCGAGCUGCAUCUCUGGGAAGCGUCUCCAGCAGCUCGGACUCCUCGUCUCCCAUUGCCAGGGUGACUGAGGAGGGAUGCAACAGAGGGGUGGGUUCUCAGCAUAAAUCCCGCUGCAUGGACAGAACUAACCGCAGCCGGACACCACCGCCCUUACAGAACCCUGUGACGCCAGCCCGGAUGAAUGGGACCCCGAAGCCCUCUGUAGAGGUCUGCAGCUGCCCCCGAUCCACGUCAGACCCUGCAGGGAGCCAGCAGGUGGAGGACAGGCCUAUCACACCCACCGUGCUGGGCUACGAAGUCAUGGAGGAGAGGGCCAAGUUCACGGUUUAUAAGAUCCUGGUGAGGAAGACUCCGGAUGAGAGCUGGGUUGUUUUCAGACGAUACACAGACUUCUCCAGACUCAAUGACAAGUUAAAGGAAGCGUUUCCUGGUUUCCGCCUGUCGCUGCCUCCUAAGAGAUGGUUUAAAGACAACUACGACAGUGACUUCCUGGAGGACCGACAGCUGGGACUGCAGGCCUUCCUUCAGAACCUGGUGGCUCACAAGGACGUGGCUCACUGUCUGGCAGUGAGGGAGUUUCUGUGUCUCGAUGACCCACCUGGACCAUUUGAUAGUCUGGAAGAGAGCCGGGCGUUCUGUGAAACCCUGGAGGAGAGUAACUACCGUCUGCAGAAGGAGCUGCUGGAGAAACAGAAGGAGAUCACCUUCCUGAAGAGGAAGCUGGAGGAGAGAGAGGCGGCUGUCCUGCUGCUGGAGAAACAUCUCAAUGGUCAGUGCGUGAGCCCUGAGUCUCCGUGUGGUCUGGUGGCUCAGGGCAGCGACAGCAGUGCAGAAGCUGAUGUGGAGUCAUCUGCUGCAGAGGCUGACCAGGCCACGCCGGACGAUGCUGGAGGUCGAUGUGACGUCCAGCUGGUCCGAUCAUCCGCCUGCUGGUGCCGACCAUCGCUCAGCACGUCUCCUCCGGUCAUCCAGGUCACCCAGCUGUCCCACCAGAAACCCCAACAAUGAUCUUCCUCUUUCCUCUUCCUCCUCUUCUCCAUAUUUUUCCUCUCAUCUCCUGGAUUAUUGUGGCUGGCCCACCUCGUGGUCAUAUCAUGUGACACCUUCAGAACCUCCUGCUGGAUCAGAUGGAUUCUGACAUCAGAAAGACUCAUGUUAGUUUCUUGACCCAGAAAAAAAACUUCUGGUUCAGCCUGGUUGUUCCAGCACUGUGACAGUCUCCAGGAAUGAUCCAUAAGGUUCCGAAUUAGAACCGGUAGCCCAGUGAUAGUUCUGUUCAUGCUUUCCUUCACAACGACAUUCCUUUAUGUUUUAGUGCCAAGUGGAAUUCCCACGUCCAGAACCGGAACCGCCAUGGCCGAUUUGAACACAGAUCGUUUCAUCCUCAUCCUCCACCAGAGACAAAUAACCAGAGACAAGUUUGGACCUGAACCAGAACCAGUUUCCUCCAGGUCUCCCUUUGACAUGCAGAGACCAGGUUCUGGUUUGUUCCCACAUAAAUCCAAGAGGCCAGUCUGCUCUUCUACUAGAUUCAGGAUGAUGAUGAUGAUGAUGACGAUGAUGAUGUCAUCAUUAAGCUGGAUUUUAAAUUCCGUUUGGGAAUCUCCACAGAGACGUCCACAGCUGACCGAACGGUGAUCAUGUGAUGAUGUCACCAUGUGAACUAGUUUCAGGGUCCAUAUGAAUCUUGGACCUGGAUUUGCAGGGGAACCUGCAUCGGUCUACGAGGUGAGACGGAAUUCUAGGAAUGUGGAGUCGGAUCAGCUUAUUAUUUUAUCCUGAUUUCACCCUGGUGCUGAUUUACUGGAGGAAACCCAAAGCCAUUUUACCACAUCAUCUUUACUUGAAUUAAACCAAGACUGUUUCAGGACUCAUCAGGACCGAUGGUGGUUAGACGAUUAAAAAUAAUCCUAUAUGAGCCAAAUUGAGCUUGAACUGAGACUGGCCGUGGUUCUGGUUCUGACCCAGGUGUGGUUCUGGUUCUGUGGUGAUGAGUUGCUGAGGGGUACUGUUCAGACACAACCCGGACUGGGUGAUAAAAUGCACUUUAUAAAUGAUGUUUGCUGGGGUUGUUUUUAUAAAACAUUUUUGAUCAGAGUCUCUGGUUUUGUUGGGGUUCACGUGUGGUUCUAGUGGGGUUAUAGUAGGGUUCUGGUGGGGUUCUGGUAGGUUUCAGGUGUGGUUCUGGUGUGGUUCUGGUGUGUGCGUAGCCUCCAUCAUAACGAAGUGCCUUGCAGACUUCUCUGUUAGAAUCUUUGUAGAUUCAGUUGAACUUUGCGUUGCUGAGAAACGAGUGAAGAUUCUUUCUUUUAUUACACAAAGUCUUAGAACAGAUAAACACCUGUCGUUGCUCUAUACAAACAAACAUGUAAACAAUGUCUGGUUUCACAAUAAAUAAUUCUAAAUA